GAGAAGUGUCGUUUACGUGACCAUUGGUGUGUUUGUUUCUGUUUGCACACUGCCUCCGAAAAUAAAGGAUCUUGUUCGUUUCUACCCUCCCGAUUCUCGCCCUAUUGCACGGCCCCCACGCUCGAAGUAACUUUUCGACGUUCACGCAACGCGACCCGAUCUCUCUGUUCGCGUUAAUUCGGUGGAUACACGCCGAAAGGCUGGCUGGCUGGCUGGCUGGCUGGCUGGCUAGCUGGCUGGCUGGCUGACUGCUCGGUGCACGAAUAAUUGCCGGUAAUUGUCGCGGGAUCGUCGGGUUUUCGAGGGAUCCCACUUCGAGUGGCUCGAUGGAGUAACGAGAACGAGACCGACGACGGAACGAACACGUUCGUUUUCGAAGCCGCCGACACCGCGCCGUGAUAACAGAGGGUGAAUCACCAUCCGAGCAAAAUGCUACCACCUUUGCCGAAUACGCGACGUUAGCUGACAUUCUCGCGUUGCGUGAAAAGUCGGCGGAAUAGGGACCAAAGCUAAUUUCGACAACGUGGAUCUCUCGCUGCAACGAUACCAGUUGCAGUUGCAGUUGGAGCUAUUUACAGUCGCGCACGAACAUGUUAACGUUACAAGUUCUCGUCGAAAGUGCACAAAGUAUGGAGAAGAGACAGCGUUAAUGUCGUCGGUAUUAAAUUCGAGAGGGCCAACUAAGGGACGCGGUGGUUCUUAAAAUACAAGAAAGACACGGAAAAGAAUAGGAGAAAGACGAAAGCUGAUCCUAGUGAUCCUGUUAAGUAGAGGUCAAUGGAGCCGUCUUGAUGCAGGCUGCAAAACUACGUGGGGAUUACCCAUCGUGGUCGUCGGGCUGAUUUCAACGGUGAACAGUGGCGAUUCCACCCGUGGCCGUGGGUGGAAGAGCCGUUUUCAUCACCGUCAACGACGAAUAGUACAGCCACUUCCGCUUCCUCCACCCCACGUGGCCGAAUCAUUACCUGAUAAGGUUGGUCCGAAGAUAUAAUCACGUUUCGAAACAAUUCUUCAAGAGCUGGAGAAGCGGCCGCAGCCGCAGCCGCCUCGGAGCUCUGAGGAGCUGGAGGAUCUGCACAAGCUGCUGCACUUCCCCGAGGAGGUGGCGCUCAGGUUGACGGAGACCGAAUACCAGCUGUUCUACCAGAUACCACCGGAAGAGUACCUCAGGCACGUGGCACAAGAUCAGAACACGAAAUCACCUGCCAGGCCACCCCCGUCGCCGAGUCGCAGCUACUGCAAUCCCAGCACCACGAACAGCUCGACCCAGACCGAGGAAGAGUCUAACUGGCCUGUUUCCAACUUCUUUUCUUCCGUUCGAACGCUCAUCAAACGUUUUAAUGAGGUAAACUCAUGGGUUACUCACGCGGUCGCAAGUGGCGCAACGUUGGAAGAAAGGCAGGCGGUAUUGUCCUGUCUCCUACGAGUAGCUCAGACCUGUUGGAAUACCGGAAACUUUAACUCAGCCAUGGAAAUUGUCGCCGGUCUCAAGUGCCACAAGCUAAAGCCCUUUUGGCAAAGUGUGAACGACCCAGUACCAGUUUUGGAAAAUCUAUCCUCCGCCCUUUUGUCUCCCGAGUAUGAGCUCGCGCUUGCUCGCUCCUUGGCAAUGCCAGAGUGUCCAGUGGUGCCGUUCUUUGGAGCUUUUUUGCGGGAAUUGCGGGAAGUCAUCGCAUUCGAGUCCAAGUCUCAGCAUGAAUGCAAGGACCACGACGAGUCGCCGCGUAGCAGCAGCAAGGUUGCCGAGCCCGAAAACGUGUCAUCUUCGGGGCAAACGGCAAAAAUUGCUAUUGAUACCAGCACCGAAUCGCCCACGGAAUGGAAUCCGAGGAAUAGUUCCUUGAAAAAGCAAGAGAACGCUCCAGUCCGUGAUACAAGCUCCGUUCUCGAGAAAAUUGCCGAAUUUCAUAAGCACCAACAUGCUCGAGGCAGAGACGCGACGACUGGCUCGCUUCAUCGCACGCUCAGCAUUCAUACGACCGCGAUCGAGCAAACCUACAUGGCCGAAGAAUGUGACGAGAACGACUAUCAUUUCGAUCUCGAUUCCUACAAGCCGGUACAACCGAUCACAUUCGACCAUGGGAUUGCGUUAUUUCCUGUCGCUGCACCGCACUCCGGAAUGGAUCUGCAUCUUUUGCAGGUAUUGCAUCACGGGACAACGUUGGUGCAUUGGGACUGCGAAGGCGGUACGACGAGGACGGCCUUAGUAUUCGCGCGAGUGGAUCGCGCUUGCGGUACCUUCGUGUGGGAAAAGCCACCCUGGAGUCCAUUGAAAACUGCCCAGCUGGGAGGUACAGCUUCUGCAGAUUUUUCGCUAACUGCCAAUCCAGAAGACGUGGUAUCGGCCGGUUUAGUAGGGAGAUAUACCAUGCAACAGACGGACUGCGCUUCCGUGACGCUGGAAGAGGGAUUUUUGGACCUGAGCUCCGUCAAGGAAGUCAUGAUCGGCUGUUGCGAUCGGGACAGAGAGACCGACCUCAGAAGCAUUUACAAGAGAUACGGUCUAUCUGGAUCCGAUUCAUGUAUCGGCCUUAUGUACGGCUCCAGUCUGCCGGACAAUCGACUGAUCUUUCUCCUUUGCCCUCCUGCGCUUAGCAAAAUUUGGUACAUGGGUCUUUGUUGGAUACUACGAGGCCUGAAACGGCAACAACAACUAACAGAUCGUAGAUCGCGAUGGUUAAAAGAAAAAUACCUUCAGCUUUAUUUCGAGGAUGGAUGUAUCGAGCCAAUGACAGCCGAUGCUAUUAGAGCUUUUGGCGGUCGCGACUGGUCCACGACUGAAAGUAUCGGCACGCUUUCGCCGACGAGCAGCAGCGCUCUCCGCAAACGAAACGUUAAAGGGAAAAAAACGAAAUCUAUCGGCAAUAUUCAUGCGUUAACAAAGGAUCUAAGCCUAAAACAAUAUGACACUUCGUCUCCGGAUGGAGGCUUAACAGUGGUCCCUUCUCGGCAUAUUACGGGUAGUAGAGAAUCCUUGACGAGAAUCAUACCAGCAUCUCCACGGUCCAGCAGAGAUCGAGUUCCCCCACGUAGUCCUCCUGGAUCCGCCGAACGAAUUAUUAGUUCCAACUUGCCUUACUCCAGCUUUCAAAGCCUAUUAUGCGUCGCCAGGGACAAGGAUAAAAACGGAUCUGGAAUGUCAGGUGGAGUGGAAGCAUCUUGGCAAAUGAAGACACGUGCCACUUCCAUAAUGUAUGAAACUCAGUUGAACUUCGUCGAGUUUGUCGCGUUGUUCCGUUCGUUCAGCCUGAGAGCAAGAAAGGAUUUACGCGACCUAUUCGGCCAACUGGCGAUCACUUGUCGUAGUCAAAGCGACGGUUCUUUGAGAGACUUUAAUGUACGGCCGCCUGUGUUGAGGCAAACCAGUGACGCAACCCCUCAACGAAUCGGUCUCUUGACGAGAAAUAACUCCAUAGACUGUCACGAGUACAAAACCAGCAGCAAUCUUCAAAAGAAACAAGUUUUCGACGCGGUGGCUGCAGCUAGCAUCGUUAAUAAUUGUUCUGGCGUUGACACUUCGAAAUCGCAAGUUAUCACCCUGGCGACGUUCACUAAGUUUUUGGAAUCUCGGCAGCAAGAAAAACUAACCGACGACGAGAUCAAGGCGCUGGUUAAGCGACACGAACCGGACCCAGGACUACGUACACAAUGGUGUUUGUCUUUCGAGGGCUUUGCACGGUACAUGAUGGACAAGGACAAUUAUGCCUUCCCAAACGAGUAUGCGACGCCGUUCGAGACUGAAAUGCAGCAGCCAUUGUCCCAGUAUUACAUCGCUAGCUCGCAUAAUACUUAUUUAACUGGCCAUCAACUCAAGGGAGAAUCUUCGGUGCAGCUUUACUCUCAGGUACUACUAACAGGAUGUAGGUGUGUAGAGUUGGAUUGCUGGGAUGGCGAUGAUGGCUCUCCCGUUAUUUACCAUGGUCACACCUUCACUACCAAGAUACCAUUUCGCUUGGUCGUAGAGGCGAUUGAUAGAAGUGCUUUCGUCAGUUCUCCAUAUCCCGUGAUUCUCUCCAUCGAGAAUCAUUGUUCGCAGAGUCAACAAGCUCGAAUGGCCCAAAUAUUUCAAUCGGUAUUUGGAGAAAAACUGGUGACAAAGUUCCUGUUUGAGACGGACUUUAGCGACGACCCUCAACUGCCAUCGCCGUCGCAAUUGCGCUACCGAAUAUUAAUCAAAAACAAGAAGAUGGUGGUAGAACCCGCUGGUCCUUUGACGCACGCUCCCUUGAGUCAUCGUGGAAAAAUGCUCAUGUCCGAUCGAGCUUCGUCUAUGAAACAAAUGCGUACCGACGUAAGCAGCGCUUCCGUCGUCGAAUAUUUUAGCGAAGACGACGACGAUGAGGAAGAUGACGACGAAGAUGACAAUAUCGAUGAUAACUCCAUUUCCAGCUACGAAAGGUAUUUGGGUGGGAUGCAGGUGCCCCAUGGUCGAUUAAAGUCAGAUUCCGCGGUCGACGAUAAGUCGCAAAAACAAAGUAGCCAAAUUGCCAAAGAACUUUCGGAUUUGGUGAUUUACUUGCAAGCUAUUAAAUUUCGCGGGCUGAACACUACGCCAGGAACAACGGCCACUGGGAAGGUGCGACAUCAACCGCACACUGGACCGGUUCAAAGACACAGCAUCGCUGGAAUAGGAGCUACCAGCAUCGGUGCCUCUUCCGGAUCGCCACAGUCUUUAUCGACAUCGGCUUCGCUCGCAAGCGGCGGCAGCAAUAUCGAAAAUCUCUUCAGAUUCACGCGCGGAGUUCCAGCCUGCUUUCAAUGUUCCUCGUUGAAUGAAAGCACAGCGAAGAAGAUUUGCAGAAAACAACCUCUAGGGGUUGUCGCCCAUGCAGAAACUCAGUUAAUUCGAACGUAUCCGGCUGGAAUGCGUAUUGAUUCGACAAAUUUCAAUCCCGUGAUCUUCUGGGCCUUUGGUAUUCAAAUGGUAGCACUAAAUUACCAAACCGACGACGCCGGAUUAAAUUUAAACGCCGCUAUGUUCGAGCAAAAUGGGCAAUGUGGAUACGUUAGGAAACCUUCGGUUAUGUGGGACAAAGGCCAUAUGAUGUAUAGACGCUUCAAUCCUUGGGAUAAAGAAUUCGACGGGCUACAUUCGGCACACCUGACGCUUUCAAUAGUCUCUGGCCAGUAUGUUUCCCCAACAAAUUUCGUCGCCAGCACGUACGUCGAAAUCGAACUAGUCGGCAUUCCGAUCGACUGUGCCAAGCAUAAAACGAAAAUAAUACAAAACAACGCGCUGAAUCCUAUUUGGAACGAGAAAUUUUGCUUUCAAGUAAUGUUCAAAGACCUUGCCUUUCUGCGUUUCGGCAUCGUCGAAGCAAGUUCCCAUCAUUUGAUCGCCCAAAGGGUCAUUCCGCUGAAAUGCUUGAAGCCCGGCUACAGACACGUACGUUUGCGUUCCUGUAAAAACAAACCUUUGGCUCUGUCCACGCUGUUCAUUUAUUCCCGUUUGGAAGAGGAGAGUCUCGAUUAUAACACGUGUUGCCGUGAUCACAAAGAGUCGUCGAAGCGGCCGUCAUCGGGUAAGGAACCGGAAAAAUUGACCACGGUGGAUCCUGGGUUAGGUGGAGUGACGCUGAAGAGAAGAAUGUUCUUCCUAAUGGUUUAUCACGUGAUACCGGAGGAACCGUACACUAUAUUAAAAGUCACGCAGGAUAGUACGACGCAAGAGGUAAUGUUACAAGCUCUUCAGAAAGCUGGAAUAUCCGCGGAUCGGGUCGACGAAUAUAUUUUGGUGGAAGAGGUCUCUCGUGGUUGGGAGAAGAGAGACAGGGAAGAACUUCCGACUCAACGCGUGUUAGAUCCAACGGAGCACCCAUUGCAAGCGCAGGCUUUAUGGAAGGGGCAGGGGCGUUUCCUCUUGAAGAGGGUAGGCGAUGAUCCUAGCAGCAGAGCCUGGCUGGCUUCUAUAAGGAGUACAGCUGGACACUCGAAGCUCGACUCCGAAAGAGACACAUCCACGCAUAUCUGGGACGAAGCUGACACCUUCUUAGUUUGCAUUUAUAACGUUUCGCCGGAUAUACCGUACGCGAUACUUCGCGUUCCUGUAAGCAGCUCCGCGCAAGAUGUUCUGGCCCAGGCUUUAGUGAAGGCCAGAAGAAUGGAGGAUCCGAUGAAGUUUGCUUUGGUGGAAGAACUCGAAUGGGGAGGAGCUGGAGCCGUUGGUAGCGGCAGUCGACAAUUGAGAGUUUUACGCGACGACGAGAACGUGUACAGUACUCAAGCCUUUUGGAAGACGCUCGGAAGAUUCAUUCUGAGAGAAAGAGAACAAGCAAUACCGAGGCGGCAUCUGUUGCCAGCCACCUUGGAUAGGCUCAGCAAAGGUUUUUCCGUAGGAAGAUCGGUCUCCUUGCCAGGUUCCAGCAAGGAGAAGAUGCCUGUCUCGGAAGCGCUUUCCGAUCCAACUUCCAGAGGGCUGAGACAUCGUCUACUGAUGCACGGUCGUAGGAGGGAAGUUCACUCCGAUGGCGAAGAUAUUCGCGAGUCUGAUAUUUUAAACGCGGCCCUUCACUUGAAGAAGGUAUCCUUAAGAAAAUUAAGGGUUUGGAAGUCAUAGUGGCAGUCAAGGGCGACAUCGAUUUCAUCGAUCUUCGCCACUCGGAAAAAUCAACCGUAAGUUACGAUAAAUCAUUGCAUUCGAGGUAAAUCGAAUCUUCGGAAGGCAAAUGCGAAAUUAUCCGACGCUUUUGAGGCGAUGUUUGACGAAAGAAACCUCGAAUAUCGUUCGUAUCGUUUCGAAAAAAAGAAAAAAAAAAAAACUCCACCAGUAAUGAGCAUUCAAACGUUACGAUAUAAAUGAUGAAUAAGCGAAAAGAUGCCUAAUUAUACUCGACACUGCUUCUUGAUUCCGCAUAAUCUGAGUCUUUAAACCGUUACUUGGAGACAAAACCGGUGUUGAUGACAAACGGUAUCAUCGGUUCAGACAGAGUUUGAUUGGACGUGAAAUUGGAAACCACGCGCAUCUGCAGUCGAAUAGCUUUAAAAAAAGAAAGCCAAGCUACCGAUACGUUCAAACAAUCCUGUUAACACGUUUACGCGCUGCCCAAAAAUUUUACAUAACAGCAUGUUUAUCUCAUCUUCGUUUAAACUCUAAAAAUUAAUUUUAUCGUAUGCUUAAUCGAUUUUAAUUUUACGAUCGCACUUCUCUAGUCAUAUUAGUAUUAUCACGUAAAUGUACAAAAGCGUAAUCUCGCAUAAUCUCCAAAACCAGUCAGUUCCUCGAAGAAAAAUUAGAAUUGUGAAAUUCAACGGAUUCCGGUGAAUUUCCAAAUAAUUUCCAAAGAAUGGCAAAGAAGGAAUAUUUUUAAUCGCAAAGUUUAGUUCGAUUAGAUUGAUUUUUUUUUUUUAUUGUAAAUUAAUGUAAAUCUCUUUUCCAUAUUUUUUUAUAUACAUGUAUAUAUUUUCUAAUCUAUAUAAUAUAUUUUAAUACACGUAUAUACCUGUACUUACGAGAAACGUUUGUGUAUAAUAUGGUAAAAGGGCUUCGACAAUUUUAUCGGGAAUCCAGAGAAUUUUUACGGCGAAAAACAUUUCCUAACCGGUUAAUUUUAUUUCGAGAACGAAGCCAACCGACAAUUUCUAAAUGAACGUAACUUACAACGGGACCUGAUUCAUUUUUAUAAGUACAUAUUAACUUGUCCUUCGAAUAUAACAAUUAACGCUUGCACUUUAAGUACCUGACUCGUUUUUAGAAGUUAUUUUAUUCAUAAUAAUGUUUAAUUAUUAUGAAUAUCACGAUCAAUAUAUGUACGAAUGUCGAUCAUGCAGUCAUAAGUAUUCGUUUUUAUCUUAUCAGGAUACGUUCCUACGCUGCGCUUUAACGAUCGAGCAACGUUAUCCGACCUAUCGCGCAUUCUGCACAAAUUUUUAUGGAAUUCUUUCGUGAAAAAUUAUUCGUCCGAAAAGAUUUAAAAACCUAUCCUCCGCUUCUUUCGAAGCAACGUCGCUUUAUUUCCUGAAAUAGUCGCUAUCGCUAUUUGUACGUCAAAUUUGUAUACGAAAGAAGACUCUACUUGACGACAAUAACAGAUUACUUCUCUUUUCUUUGUUUCGUUCUUUGUAUAUACUUUGUAACGCGACAUUUUAUACGAUACAGAGCCAGGCAGUGUGACUUUUUUUUUACUCGGACUUCGGUUUUAUCGAAGGAAAUAAAAAGUAUGUACGAAACACAUGAAACGAGUAUCGUACGAAUGGAAUACGAGAUUUAUUUAUUUCAUCUACGUACAAAAUUUGUAUAGUACGUAACGUGCUAUUUCUUCUAUCGAUGAUCGAUAAGAUUCGUCGUAUUAGCGUCUAUUGGUACUUUGAUACAUCAGCCUGUCCCAUGUUGUACGUAGAAAAGAAAGUAGCAGAGUAAAGUCGGACGAAGUAAGAAUCUGCAUCUAGGAAUGACAAAUGAGACGUCUAGUCAAGCUCUAUCAUCGAUGUUUCAAUGGUGCGCUUCAAGUAAAACGUAACUAAAUUAUUUUACGAAUACGAUUAAGCAAGCAGCAUUCUAGCAGAAAGAUUCGUCGUAAGAUAAAGUUCUCGAAAUCGCAAUGAAGUAAGUUAAAGUUAUAAAGUAAAUUACCUGUUACAGUUAGUAUUUAAAUAGAAAAAAAAUCUAUGAAACAGCAGUAUUAUUUGCAUAUUCCCAUUGACUGCGUGGAUCAUAUUCAGCGCAAGAAUCGUUCUAGUCUAACACGUACUUGUGGCGAUUUGUUUUAAUUAUUCGUUUGUUACGAGGACGCAGUGCUGGCAAUAUAUGUAUGUACAUAAUUACAUUAUCUUCUCGGUUAUUGUAUCUAAUCAAGCGUACGAUCGGAUUUUCUGUAACGAAAACUCUUAAACGAGAAACGUUAACCCGCGUGAAGUUGCUACUCAGAAGUCGUAUUUAUUAUAACGUUGUUGAUACUGAAGAAAAAAAAGCGAGAAAGUAGAGUCGUCGGUGUUACUUUUACAAUCAUUGCCUCCCUAAUCCUGCAGUGUUAAGCGAACAUAAUUAUAGAUUAUAAAUAUGAGACCAAGGAGUAUCGAUUGUUUUUCACUCUUAAACGUCGUUCCGAUCGUUCGAAGGAUCGUUACGCUCCGCUCGGUUUCGAGUCUUUCGUCGGAACCUUUUGCCUAAUUUUCAUGGUAUAAUUCUAUAUACAAUAGGUGGAAAUAAUUAGCGAAAAAGAUAAAUAUUAUAAAAUCUAUCUACCGUGGACCAGCAACGUCACGAUUAAAGAUUAUCCUUUGUCUUCCAUGCGAAUUUAUCCUAACGAAGCUUACGGUAGUUUCAACGAAUCGUGACAAACAAUUUCGGAAUACGCACGAUCUUCCUCUUGACCUUUCGAUUCUAGAAGCGGCAAACGUCGUUCUGUGAGAAAAUUUGUCGGCCGUUUUCGUUUGACCGAGCGAACCGCUUUUUGAAAAGAGCGCUUUCAAAAAAUUGCUAAAUACUUGCGAUAUUUCGACUUGUAGGAUGCCGUUUCCAGAAUUAUACAAACAUAAUGUUUCUCAAUAACUUCGUGACGUUACUGCGCUCCUUGAUAUAUUUUUCGACACCACUUCAUUCAUCCAUCUUUUACCCGUUUUUUCGAGUCUAUCUAACGAUCGUGUAUCACGAGACAAGGCAAAAUUCGAUGGUUGGAUCGCGAACGAGAAUAGAUAUCGCGGUUCGCUAAUUAUAUACGCGUUUGCAACAAGACUUACUCGAAAGUAAAACUCAUUUUUAAUACGCGCAUUUUAUUCCAAAAUUUGCUAACAUUUAACGAUAAAGUAAAGUCAUUGAUCGAUUUUAGGUACAACUUAUAAAAGAGGAAACAAGAAAAAUACGUGUGUAUUUGUUGUGUAAUUACGAGGUAAACGAAUUGUAUAUACAGUUAGUAAAAUGUUCACGCCUGACAAGAAGCUACCUUGAAUUUAAAUAUAAAACACUGUGUACGCUUCUGACGAUUAAAAUGAAUGCUAUUAAUAGCUUUGUUAAAAUCAAUUUUUACGCUGUAUCAAAUUGUUGCGUUACCUUAGAAAUAGCUAACACGUUAUUUUAUUGCGUUAUCUACAUUUGUAGCGUUUUGUAACAUUGUAAUAUACACGUGUAACAUCUCGUAACAUGGUCGUGAAAACCGAUAUUCCGAACGACUUCGAAUCACGUUAGAAACCGAUACAAAUUUCAUUUUGUCGAAGCAUCGUUAGAUUCGCGAUGACCAAAAUUCAACUCUGUAUGACUCUGUAUGAAAAAAAAAAAGAAGAACUACCUUGAGGUUGCGUUGUUCUUGAAAAAUUUACGAAAAUAGUAGGAAAUUUUGUAAGAUAUCUCGGCUAAAUAUUAUAUCGAUUCGAUGUGAUCGAAAUGCAGGACAAAACUGCAACUGCAAUAUGUAUAUGUAUGUAUGUAUAUUGUAUAAAUAUAUGGUAUAAAUACUUGGAUAAGUAUUUAUAUGAUAUCUAUGCAUCCGUCGAUUCGACGUGUUGUUAAGCAUUAAUUUCAUUCAUUUUAAUGUGCAACCUAUGUUCAAAGGUAACGUACGCCACGUUGAUAACGUUUCGUGGUAACGCAAGGUUUUUUACGAACAAAAUACACGAGAGAGAGAGAGAGAGAGAGAGAGAGAGAGCACAUUUACACAGCGAAACAGUAUUUACGUAGCGUAAAGCAACUAUCGUGCAACAUUCUGUAUAUACAUAGAGGCAAACAAGGGCUACUAAUAACGGUAAUUAAACGUUGUAGUUGAAUUCGAUGCUCCUUGAGUCUCGGAUAAAACCCCCGCAUCGAGAAUAUCAUCGAUUACAACGGACGUCUUUCGAACGGUAGAACAGGAAUGCUACAGCGAUAGUUCUCGAAUCGAGUUAUUAUUUGUCGUUGAACGUUUCGAAAGCAUUCGCGUCGCUACGGACUUACACGAAAUAUCUAUAUUAGAUAAUAUUAGAAUCGUCUUGAUCUUGGCGAAUGUAUCAGCUUCGACGUUGUACGCGUUAACGUCGACUUGCGAAGAUCGAAUUACGGUAAUAAGACCGGUAUCGCGUGAUCAGCCUCUUUGCUAUGCAACGGCAAGAUUCUUUGAAAUUGUUUUCUCGUGGUUCCGUCGAUUCGUCGAUCGUAACGGCGCUUAUGCUUGGAAGUCCCUUCUUUACGGCUGAUUCCGAAAUAUCCGUUGAGAAUAUUUAUAAGGCGGAAGCUACGUUGUAUUCCACUAGAAAGAAACAACUACUUCUUAAAACUUUUGGGACCACGCUCAUUAAUCGUAUUUUCCAACGAGCUCUCAAGGGCCGCCGCUUCAACGCGAACGAUGCAGUAUUCGAUUUCUUUUCGUCGAUGAAACCGUAAUCAUUGAAACGAAAUUCGAGGGGAAAUUCAAGGGAAAAUUUCAGGGGAAAAUCCAAGGGGACGAAGAGCAGAGAAGGAGAUCCACGUCCGACGAGAUUUCAAAACACGCGAUCGAGUUUUACGAACGUACGUAUUCGGCACGCGCGUGGCAACGUCAAAGCGUUCUCUCUUCAUCUUCCGAUCGCGCGAAACUUCGAACGUCAAAUCGUAGAAACGAACGAUUCUGUCUUUCUUGUUCCUAGCGAGCAAAUCGAGAAAGACAACGUCGCUCGUCCGCGUUCGGCACGAAGAAACGCAUCCGAUAACGCUUACGCGCGUCUGGCGAAUCGCAAUCGUCUAUCAUCAUCGUUUCGAGUAAACGUUACGACGAGUUACCGAGAUGAAAAGGACAAUGCGUAGAUCGUGAACAUUUUGCAUUGUUCUACGUUAAAUCGAUAAGAUUGGUCGUGUUAGGAACGAGACAAUGGGAACAAUAUAAAUUGAGCUGAUCCACUCGAUUAUCCUUUUUUUGAUCGAAUCGAAUUCGAAGGAUAUAAACGUUGCGUGCAUACGAAAGAAACGUAUACCCUGUAUCGAUCGGGCAUAUACCUGUUGUACAUAUCCGUGGUUCUUCGGUAACUGUUACGUUAAAAUAUCUGCGCGUAAUAUAUAAACGAUACAUAAAUGAAUAUAAAUUAUAUGCAUUUGCGCGUGUAUGUAUAUAAAAAAGUAUUCUUACAUGGCUACAUAUGCGCGAGUGCAUAUACUUCUGGCAUACUGACGCACGCGUGCAUCCAGAGAGCGGAUGUACCGGCUGAUUCGAUAACAAUCGACGGAGAAAACUGGAUGCCCUCGAGUAUGAAAACAUCGCGUUUCCUUCUAACGAUGGAGACUCACGCGUACCUAUGUUAAGUCGAAAGAGCGAAGCGACUUGCCAGGGAUUUUCCAAUAAAACUUACCGCAUUGCUAUCGCACGACGCGUUAUUGUUACUGUUACGUAGCGGUAAUGUCACGGACUCGCGCGAGUUUCGCUUUCGUCUCUUGUAAAAACGUGUAAUUGAUAACCGCAUUAACCGGAAAGAACUAACGUUUCGUCGGACGAUCGGAUGCGCAACGCGAACGAGUCGAACUAAAUAAAAAGUAAAGCUAACUAAUUCGAAGUAGCAAGCAUUCGGGGCAACGAUCGUUAUCGGAUCGAGCCGUACACGUUGCACUCAACGGCUACGAAUUACAUGCCGCACUUUCGUACGGUAUGCGAUUCGAAGUCAAAUAAAAAUUACAAACAAAAAGAGGUAAUAGUAGAAAAGGAAAAAAAGCGUUGUUAGGAAGAAACAGUUUAAGACGUUUCUGCCGCGUGUCCAGGCUGGUCCGGCCGCGGCUGUUAAUCCAUCUAAUUGAAAUAUAUAAAUAUAUAUAUAUAAAUUUAUAUAUAUAUUUAUAUAUACACGAGAUGUCUCUUUCAUAAGUGUGUGAAUUUUAUGAUAUAUAUAUACAUAUAUUACAUAUAUGUAUUAACUAAUAUACAUACGUAUAUAUAUAUAUAUAAUAGAAUGUGGGUCGUUUUCACUGCAUUCUCAUUGACCGCUUUUCGAUGCAUUGUCAGUAAAUUAGGUCGUUGCGACUGCUGAUAUCGAUCGCGUGUACAAGCGAUUAAAUAAUUAACCGAUUCGUUGAGUCUUCGCCGAAUAAUAGUAACGUAACCAGCUGGAAGAAGUGACUUCGAAAUAGCAUUAAAAACGAUCGUUCCUAUGAAAUUUCGAUUACCUUUACCUUUCGUUUCCUGCUGAAAGAGAUACUGCUUUAUUUACGACUAAUACGCUUCUUUCGUAUUUCGUUCUCUCACACCAGGGUAAUUGAGUAUCGAUUCUGUCUCGUUUUUACAAAGCUAUGUAAAUACGUCUACCGCUUUACAUCGAUUUCUGUCGCGAUAAAUUGAUACAAUUUACAAGUGAUUCGUUAUAAGUAUAUGUAAUAACGGGCUCUUAAUUAUUAGAAACAUAAUAGCGAUCGUUAAUGUAACAAUGACUGUUCAAAUUUUUCAAUGAAAUAUAUAUAUAUAUAUAAAUGGAAAUUCUAAACAUUCGUUGAUAAAAAUUAAGGCAAACAUGUAACGUAUUAUUUCGUAUCGCUUCGUGACUUAAAAUUACGGAAUAUUUUUUUACGUCCUAUGUUUUUUUAAAAGAACUAUCGCAUUUACGAAAAUACGUAAGUUGAAAGUUUGUUUAGUGCGCGUUGUCGCGUUACUUUUACCGCAAACGUAAUCGCGGUGUACGUACGUCGAAUUUUAUGUUACGAUAAAACUUAAAGGUAUCUUUCCUAUGUAUUAAAUUGUUAACGAAAUUUUCAUUCGACUUAUAUUAUAAUUCGAUUAUACAUUAUUACAGCCACGUGCCAAAUGAAGCAAAUUCAAAAACGACGAAUUAUACUUUCCUCCGAUAAAAAUAAAGAAAUAAACACCAGAAAUUUUUCAUUAAAUAUCUUAUACGUUAUUUAUACACGUUUAUUCUGCGUAAUAUUACCUUCUCCUUCUGUUAUUUUAAAUCCAUUAAAAAAUAUACAUACCUUUAACGCUAUACUCGAUGACGUCCUGCAGAAAAAACAUUUUUUCUAGAUACGUAGACACUGCGCAUUCUGGUUACGUAACGAACUUAACGUUGUAGAGCAUUCGGGUAAAUGUCGACACUGCGUUUGGUAAUGAAUAUAUUUAAAGCAAUUAUAGGUCGUAACAGUCUCACGAAGACAACUCGAUUUUUGAAAAGUAGCUUUAAAUUCUGAUUAAACGAUGCUUUAAUCUCGUGCCACGACUUGGCGUAUAAUUAAAAAAACCCAUCAAAAUCCUUCUCAUGCACGUUUUCGUUCGAUAGUCUUUUAAAUUAAGUUUUUGGAAUAUAAAAUAGCGAAUCGACGAAACAGACAUAUUCCCGAUUAGGAUUUUUACACGAUUGAAUUAUAAUUUUUCUCUCGCGUGAGAACGUUUAUUACGAAAAAGAUCUUUCGAUAAUAAUAAGUCAUCGAAUUAAAUAUUUAAACAAUUUCUCCACGAGUAGUACGAUUUCCAAAAACUUGAUCGCGUUACGUAGACUGUAAACUUUCCGAUGAGGUAUCUCUAGUCAUCUUUCAUUCGGCUUUAGUUCCUGUAAUCGUAAGCUUUACUUUCAUCUGUAUUCUUUACGGAGUAGAACAGAGUUUGUUACAAAUUGGUAGCUGCGUUCACGUUUUUAGUUGCUCGUCGAUCGAUUAGUAGAAACGCAAUUCGACGAAUUCAUAGACACGAGCAAUUUAAAAAGUGUGCCAUAAUUACGUUAACAGUGUUAACUCUAAUGACGAGAAGAUACGUACGUUGGGUAAAUUUCUUCGUAGAAUAUAAAGAAAAAUCAUCGUUUACGAUAAAAAAGAAAACUACUCAUCAUCGUCAUCGUGACAUCGUGUCCAGUAGGUUGCGCGAAUAUCGAAAAACAAGAAGGUAGAAAGAGUAAACGUAUCGGUAAAGGAAAGAGUCUUUUAUUAAUAUACGCCGAUAAGCCGUAGCGUGAAUUUCGUUGUAUUUAAGCGAUAGACAAAUUUAACAAAAUUCAACAAAACAAAAAAAAAAGAGAAAAGAAUAACAACAAUCGAAAGCGAUCGUAGCGAGUAACGUUAAGUAGUAUUCUCUCCAGCGUUAAUUACAUAAACUUUCGAGUAGUCUUCGUUCUUGUUUGAAGAAUAACGUUUGAAUAAUGGUACACGUAAUAGCCGUAAAAAUGAAAAGGCAUGCGGUCAUCUUGACGCUACUACACAUAUAAUUUAUCACUACGAUAUUGCGUUGAUAUAUCAUUGGCAUUGUUAAAAGAAGAAGAUCUACGUGUAAAUAAACAUAAAAAGCAUUUUUAUAGAUAA